AUGGGGUUGUUUACUAUUUUAAAAAAGCUUAAACAGAAAGAGAAGGAAGUUAGGGUGUUAAUACUGUAAGCAAGAAAGUGAGAAUAAUUUGUUGGCAAAAUCAUUUGAUUGACAUUAUGAACAUUGAUAGUUAUGUUUGAAGCUUCAAAUAUUGUACGAUUGUACAUGAGAUUUUACACUUGAAUAUCCCAUGUUCACAUAAUCUGUCGUGGUGUUGGUUACGAAGUACUUGCUAGUCCUGUUAGAGACGAGGAUUGUCUGUCAUCCAUUUGCCUAAGUGUCACAGGUCUCUGUGUAAGUUUGGCCAACAUACUCAUGUGUACUUUCCUGCGACAGAUGCGUCUUAUCCCUCCAUUGGAUACACACAGAAUUGUCCCAUAGAAAUAAGCAGAUAAUAGAGUGAACCUAAGCAACCUUUUCUAAGUUCGUUGCAUGCGAACGGUCUUUCUGCGUCGGUGAGUAUUUGUCGCGGAUUAUAUUACAUUACCCUGCUUCGGUUUGGGCACCCGAGCAGUAUCACAGCCCUCACAUAUAUCGAAUGAGAUCUGUGUGGUGCAUAUGUAUUUGGGCCUACUUGUACCAAUAUUCAUGUGUUGAAAUAAAUAAUAAAUAAAUAUUACAUUACAGAGAGCGUCCGUUGAUUUCCAGUACUGAAAUUUAUGGUAAGCUAUUACAUCAGAACCAAAAAAGUAGCUGUUAGGGUUCUAUCUGUUUUGUUUCUCUUAACGAACCUCCAGGGUAUCGUAUAGGACAGUCCUCACUGAAGCGGUCCGAUAUGUAGGGGUAGCUGACAAAUAUUAGGUGGAGUUAAGAUAAUAGUCCACAAAUACACUGACUGUUCCACUGACCAUUUAGAGGUGUGAAUUUUUUGGUUCGGUUAUUUAGAAUGAUUGCGCUCCACCAUAAGUUUUGGUAGAUCUGAUUAAUGUCUUAUUUAUGACGCGCUAGAUAUUGAGCACCUUGUUUUUUUCUUCAUUUAAUACCCGUGUGUUUUUCCCAUUUUCACUUUGAUUACAUUUUGGGUUUUUCCAUGCUGUUUUAGUCUAUCGCAACUUAGGCCGGUGUCUUUUGAGAUCAUUAACGCUAAUGUAUCUGUCUGUUAGAUAACUCAAUGAAAAUGGAUAUUACUGACCGUACAAUGGGACUGUUAUUAAGUUAUAAAACAAUGUCAGUUAUAUCCUCGGAAUUGCGUUUGAAAGUUUCUGAUUUAAAUUAUGCUCGACCUACUCUGAUUUUAGUAAGCAAGCAGCACGAAUCUGUACUCAAUAACUGAAUUGGAUUCUGCAUUUUACCAGAGAAAUCUAAUAUUGUAAUUUGUCGUUUCAAAUUGUCAUGAUCAGCAGCAUCUAUAUGUGGUGGUUAGAACCGCACUAUUGAUAUGGAAACGUAUGAUCGAGUUGCUUGGCAUGAAAACGCUAGUAAUUAGUCAGGUUUUCCAUUUGAUAACCACUUAAGCUACUGUCCAAAGCGAGAUAACCGUCUUAUGGUCUGGUGCUAAUAUGUUUUUGACUUGAGUUGUUGUAUUUUACGCCACUAUGUAAUGCAUCCGUGCGACUUUCAAAUCAUAAAGUUCGAUUAUAUUGCUGAAAUUAACCAAAAAGUUUAGCUUAAACUAGCAGUUAGUGCCUUCGUAAAUAAGUGCAUCUUCAUAGUGAAGAACAAGAAUCCUCUCGUAGAUGCUAUCAGCCAAACACUUCUUAAAAACAAUAGAAUUAAUAUUUUCUUAUGAUGUAGGUUGGAAAUUCAGUUUAUCAUAAGAUAAAUGUUAGGGUAACUUAACGUGUUAACAAAAUACAGUAUAACAAUUUCCCGUAAAAUUCUGUUUUUUUGGAACGAAAUCGGGUAAGACAAAGGUACAAUUUUAAGUAAGUACUAUUCAUGCUCAUUAAACCCUAAUUCACCCACUUUAUUUAAGAUAUUUGGUGAGAUUGACCCAUUCAGCCCCAUACGCAACGUAGUUGGCACAUGUGCCUCGGUUCAAGUUGUCAACACCAAAACAAUCAAGUGAAAUGGUUUAGGAAAAUCUAAAUGCAGUACAGAUAAUAACAGUAUUGGUUGUAAUAAGAAAGACUAGGUGUGGGCAAUAUGAUUCGAGAAAAGAGAUGAAUUAGUGGAAUGAAAACAAUUGAUAAGAUCAUCUAGAGUCUUAAGGUUAAAGAGAAAACCAAGAGUGAACGCCUAUCUACUAUUGUUAACAGUUCUGAGCCAUUUUAUCAAAUCUGUAACCAUUGUUUGGGAAAAACGCACAGACAAAUUAAGUAGUCUGCACCAAUCUAUAUACUUAAGUUGAACUGACAAUGGGUUCAUGGAUUAAUUCCAUAUUUCGGUUGGGCCUCCCCUAGCCAGUUUAAAAUCUACUCCUACACCAAUGGCCAUCACACGUCGAGGAUGGUUAUUAUUAACCAAAAUAGGUUAAAUGGGUCAUAAUUUACCAUACUGUGACUAAAAAGGAAGUUUGAAGAAAGCUAGGGACGGCCAAACCAAGAUGCAGCACCAUUCUAUAGAGUCAUUACCAAUUCGACCAAGCCAUGUGAAUAGGUGUAAACUACCUGUUUGGGGUCCGUGUUAUAAUCGUUACCAAUUAAUAUAAACUUUGAAGAACACGGAUCAGAAUCGUUCACUAUGGAGGAGUUACACUCACUAUUUAAUUCCUGUAGAACCCGAGUCACGAAAUCUAUUUAUAUCUUUCCUCAUUCAUACUACCCCGAAGACUUUUACCAGUUUUGCUAUUGUAGGAUUUAGAACAACACAUAUAAGCGAACAGUAUUGUUUUCAAUUAGAUCGUCAUCAGGCUUUACUCUAAUAUACAUGAAUAUUUAUACGAAAAUUUUAAACCAAUCAAGGCAAUAUGGGUCAAUAAUCACUAUGUCUGAUUGUGCUAAUGUGGUGUGACAACUUGAACCGAUGUACAUAAUUGUCAGGUCCUAUGUUGCAUAUGGCUGUCUGAUUGAAAAAAAACUCGACCCUUUAUACAUGUUUUUUCUUACUUGGCUUAUUUUGAAAUACCGUUGUUAGUAUGCAUUUGGUAAAAUUCUUCCAGAACUGAUUAACAUAUUUCAUAUUCUAUUUUGCUAUUAUAGAGGAUUAGACAAUGCUGGCAAGACAACCAUCGUAAAGAAAUUUAAUGGUGAAGACAUAAACAGUAUAUCUCCAACACUAGGUUUUAGUAUUCAAACACUAGAGCAUAUGGGUUUCAAAUUGAAUAUAUGGGAUGUCGGUGGACAAAAGUCUUUGCGAUCAUAUUGGCGAAAUUAUUUCGAAACUACUGACGCAUUAAUAUGGGUUGUUGACAGCUCAGAUCGCCUUCGUCUAGAAGAUUGUCGGGUAGAACUAUCUAAACUGCUAGUUGAAGAACGAUUAGCCGGUGCUACUUUACUUGUGUUCGCUAACAAACAAGAUUUAUCUUCAUCAUUGAAACCAUCACAAAUACGUGAAUUAUUACAUUUAGAUGAGAUAACAACACAUCAUUGGUUAAUUCUUGGUUGUAGUGCAGUUACUGGGGAGAAUUUACUAGAUGGUAUAAAUUGGUUACUCAAAGAUGUAUCUUGUAGAAUAUUCUCAUCAGAUUAAUUAAUUUCUAUUUCAAAUCGCUUUCGUUAGAAUUUACUCUCUUUUUUUAAAAAGAAAUCAAUUUGUGUAAUUACAUCAUCAUUGUUCAAUUAACAAUGUUUAUCAUAAUUCCUUAUAUAUGAAAAUAACAUUGGUAACAUGAUUUUGUGCGUAGAUAAUAAGCAUACGAUAUGAUUGUACACAUUACUUAUGCCUGUAAAUAUAAUAAUUAUUCCAAA